GUUCUUCUUCUCUUGUUGUCUCUCUUCCCCUCAGAUGGCUCACAGGUUGCUGGUGCGUAGGUUUUGGACGCUCUCUUCCAAAGAUCUCCGCUGCCUCCCGGUCUCCUCUUCAGUCUCCUCUUCCUUCUCUACCUCCCUGCAGUCUUCCAGAGUCCCCGUCCUCUCUCGCUCCCGCUCCCUCCCUCGCUCCCUCGCCCUCGCCUCCCUCCGCCGGGCCGCCUCCUUCAACGUCCAGGACCACGACGACUUCGACGUCCGGGUCAUCAAGAGCGAGCUACCGGUGCUGGUGGACUUCCACGCACAGUGAGUA